CAGUUACAUUGUUCAGACCAGUCCGACCAGCAGCAGACCAGUUAGAGAGGUUUAAUACUGCAGCACAACGUUUAGAAAAUGAGCAUCAGACCUCCUCUUGUGAAUGUCGAUCUUUGGAUUGAAGAGAACAAAGAUGAUUUCCUGCCACCAGUGUGCAACAAGCUCAUGCACUUUUCCCAAUUGAAUAUCAUGUUUGUUGGAGGUCCUAAUACCAGGAAAGAUUAUCACAUCGAGGAAGGGGAGGAGCUGUUCUACAUGGUGAAGGGGGACAUGUGUCUGAAGGUGAUAGAAAAUGGCAACCACAAGGAUGUGCACAUCAAGGAGGGGGAGAUGUUCCUGCUGCCGGCUCGGAUCCCCCACUCCCCCCAGAGACAGGCCAACACCGUGGGACUGGUGGUGGAGAGGAGACGGCUGCUGACUGAGACCGACUGCCUGAGGUACUACGUAGACAACACCACUGAUCCGCUGUUUGAGAAAUGGUUUUACUGUCAGGAUCUUGGAAUCCAACUGGUGCCAAUAAUCACAGAGUUCAUGGCAUCAGAGCAGGCCAAAACAGGAAGGCCUGAUCCAAAUGAAGUCUUCAGAGUACCUCCGUUCCAGAUGAACACCAUGAACGUGAUGUCACCUUUCUCCUUCAAAGACUGGCUGGACAAACAGAGGCCAUCCCUGGCCAGCGGCAAACCCGUCGACGUGUUCGGAGCUCAGUUUGAGACAGAGGUGAUGGUGUUUGGACCUGGGCGGACAGAGACCUCAGUGUGGCCAAGUGAAGUGUGGAUUUGGCAACUGGAGGGAUCCUCAAGAGUAACUAUGGGGGAGCAGGAGUCCAGUCUUUCUGCAGGAGACAGUUUACUCAUUCCUGAACAGAGCCAGUACCAGUGGCAGAGAGAUGAGGGGACUGUUGCCCUGUUGGUGGCCCAAAACCCUGAGCGGAAGAGACCCUGACCAUCACAUGCCAAGUCAAACACACAUUAAAUAUGUAGUAUUCUGUAUACGUGGGGAGGAAAACUCAAUACAGGUGUGGUAAUGAAAAGUACAAGCUGUACGUAUAAUAAAUCAAAAGCACUAAUUUAAGUUACAAGCUUCUGCUUUGUGUUAAUGAAAGUGAACAUUGACCCAUUUCAGUAUUGAUAAGCUGUUGAAAUUAAAACUGUAAAUUGCACUUAUGAGAGAAAUCAAAUAAAUAAGAGAUAGAAUUGUGAUUAUCUUAA